AGGGAGGCCACGCUCCGGCUGCCGGCACCCAGUAUGUGGGCUCGGCUCAGACUGAGCUCUCUCUUUGGCUUGACCUGUGGUCUCUUGUGGCUGUGCCCGGUGGCCGGAAGUGCUUGCCCCGACUACCAGAAGCUCCUCAGUCAAGUCAAGAACAUGUCAGAGAAAGAUUUCUUGGAGUCCUUCAUGUCUGAUCAAGGCCUAAACUUACUGCAUCCCCAAGUUAUCUGCCAAGAGAGAGCAGACUUCCCCAAGCUGGAGACCCUUAAAGACUUACCUCCAGUCGCCUUCCUCCAGAAUGUGAGUCAGAUCCUGCACCAAGUUGAACAGGAACUCAAGGAACCCACCUUCAAGUUGAUGAUUCGCCACAUUCAAGGCAUCGAUAACAACAUCUGCUGCCUGCUUCACACCCUCCCCAAUGCCCCUGCUGCCUGCCCUACUCCUGGAAACAAAAGGACCCCGUCCCCAACUCCAACUGCUGGAAGUUUCUCAUGGAAAUCAGAGAGAUGUAAGACCAUAAAAAGUUACCAGCGCUUCAUGAAGGAUGUGGCAAAAGUGCUAGAAACAUGGCCUCCCAGCCCUGGGGAGGAAAAAAGGAAUAGACAUUCCCUUCUCCAAGUUCUGCUUGGCCAGAGGCAGAACGUGAGGGCAGGCUGA